AUGUUGAUUUUGUCUUUUAGCGUGUUUGCUUCUACUUUUCUUUUCCGCAUCUGUGCUCUUUCUUUCUUUCUUUUUUUCCCCUUAUUUAUUUACUUAUUUACAUAUAUUUUUAAAUUGCUACCGCCGUCACUAUUAUUAUUAUUAUUGUUAUUAUUAGUAUUUGCGGUUAAGGGAUAUCACAACAUGAAGCGCAGGGUAUUGCGUGCCCACGCCAAUAAGCGGCGUUUGCGGAUACUUAGUGCUGAACAUGGGCUUUGCUUAGAUAGUUAUAAUAUACUUUGUGAUGCCUCUUUUUUGCGUGCAGUUGGCCAUGCUAUCUGUAAUAAUAACUUUAGCAUGGGAGGAGGAGGAGGAGGAGGGACUAGCAGCGGUAUUAAUAACAAUAUUAACAAUAAUAAAAAUAAUAAUAAAAAUGGGAUUAGCGAAAUGCAUGAGCCGCCUGUGCGGACUCUAAAGGCACUUAUGCAUGAGACAUUUGCAGCAGCCGCUUCCCAGACGACUCAAAGUGAUUCCGAACCCGCUGAAAAGUCUAAGCAACAAAAAGGUAUUAAUCUCUCAUUGUAUUAUUUACCCGAAACUGCAACAGCUCUGCGGCGUAUGGUGCAGCGUGAGGAAAAAAAUGAUGUUGAGAAGGUAACGAAUCGGGGUUCAAAGGGACACGGCAAAAGUAUUUCAAGCGCGUCACAUGCCGGAGGAGGAAUGAAGAAGUGCGGCCUCGGUGCCGUAGCUGAAGCUUUAUUAAAGGGAUUAAUGUGUGUGGGAUAUCAGAAUAGAGAAACAACUUCUACAGCUGAAGUUUCAUCAGAAUCGGGAGGCCGGAAUGAAGGAAAGGCGGUGACACAAUUCAUAACUGAAGUGGCUUCAGGGAAACCACACGGCUACUCCGUGCAUGGCGGUAAGAACGCUAAUUUCUUUUUUGUGGCCACACAAUCUCAUGAUGUGCGUCGACUACUUCCAGCGGAUUCGGCUCUCAUACGUCUGACGACAAUGCCAACGGCGCUGUGGAUAGAAAGGAACGGGGAUUCCUUUAAUUAUGAAGGAAGCGGUAAGAUGAAUAACCGCGAUGCCAAUAGCAGUAAUUAUAACCAUAAUAAAAGUUAUGGAAGUAGUGGCAGCGGUGAUGUCCAUAAUGAUUUCCACUGCGGUGGUGUGCGAGUUGGGGGCCAUAAGGGCCUUUCAGAAGCAGACAUCGCUUUUAUGCGACAUCUUUCCGCUAAUCUUGUGCCUGGUGCCGAGCCUCCUCUGAAACGUGCACGUGGGUUUGAUAACAUCAAAUCAGUUACGGAUGGGAUUCCGCAUGUUGCAAAGGGAAAGUCGCAAAGAGACGCAGCAGUUACUAGUCGUAGUGGUGAUAGUUCAGUUUCAGCAUUUGUGAAACAUUCCAGCAGGCGAAAGGCACGUGGUCCAAACCCGCUUUCCGUGAAGAAAAAGCGCAAACGUGAGGUUCUCCGCGUGGAUGUUUCCGCUUCACAGAGGAAGAAAGAGCGAAAAGAGUGA